AAACAUGGUGUGACUCCCAGGUGGAGGCAUCGCUGGGAAAGCUCCCCUUGAGCAAAAACGAGCCCAGCGCGCAUGCGUGGAACAUUCGAUCACUGGCGGUGCUGUAAGCUAACGGCUAGGCUACGAAUCCAGCCGACAUGGAGAGAAAAGUUCUGGCACUCCAGGCGAGGAAGAAGAGGGCGAAAGCGAAGAAGACCAGCAAAAAGCAGCCGGUCAAUCCCAGAGCUCGACAGCAGCCCCAACAAGAAGUGUCGCCUCAGGAACCCGAGGAACCUGAGGAGAUUCUCGGCUCUGACGAUGAAGAGCAGGAGGACCCUAAUGACUACUGCAAGGGUGGAUACCACCAUGUGAAAGUAGGUGACCUUUACAACGGAAAAUACCAUGUAAUCCGGAAACUGGGCUGGGGACACUUCUCCACCGUGUGGCUGGCCUGGGACAUCCAGGUGAAGAGGUUUGUUGCAAUGAAGGUGGUGAAGAGUGCGGAGCACUACACAGAGACAGCAGUGGAUGAGAUCAAACUCCUCAGAUCUGUAAGAAACUCGGACCCCGAUGAUCCCAACCGGGAGAUGGUAGUCCAGCUGCUAGACGACUUCAAGAUCUCUGGUGUUAACGGGACUCAUGUGUGCAUGGUGUUCGAGGUGUUGGGACAUCACUUAUUAAAGUGGAUAAUAAAGUCCAAUUACCAAGGGCUGCCCCUGCCGUGUGUGAAGAGCAUCGUAAGACAGGUACUCCAAGGUCUGGACUACCUCCACACGAAGUGUCAAAUCAUCCACACAGACAUCAAGCCGGAGAAUAUUCUGAUGAGUGUUGAUGAGCCUUACGUCCGGAAGCUCGCAGCUGAAGCCACUGAGUGGCAGAGGGCUGGGGCACCUCCCCCCUCCGGUUCAGCAAUAAGCACAGCACCUGCUCCAAAACAGGCAGUAAAAAUGUCCAAGAACAAGAAAAAGAAGUUAAAAAAGAAGCAGAAGCGUCAGGCGGAGCUGCUGGAAAAGUGCAUCCUCGACCUGGAAGAGAUGGAAAAGACCACAGACCCACGAGAGGAAGAAGACGAUGAGGAUGAGGACCCACAAUCUCCAAAGGGACGGGCCUGUGCUCCUCUCAGACAGGUGUCUCUGCGGGAGCUAGAACCUGAAGAAAUAGAGGAGAGCAGUUUAAAUGCAGAUCUCAUGAGGGUGGGACCAGAAGGGCUGUCAGAGGUGAACUGUAAUGGCCAUGUGGAGGCGGACCAGAGGCAGUCGCAGUGGAGGGAAGAAGACCAACACAAUGGCAACUCAGAGCCCACAGAGAAAUGUGUCAGUCAGGAGGAACAACACAAGGAAUCCCCUGUUCACCCCAUCUGCAACGGCAUGGAUUCUGAGACUGAAGGCAGGGGUGCUCACAGCAGUGGAGUCACUGAGAGACACCUUCCUGCCGGGCUGGAGGAGGGAGAGCUGGAGCAAAGCAUUUUGCAGGAGGAGGGAGAGGACGGGUCUGACUGUCAAUAUACAGCCGAGGAAAGACUGAGAAAUGGCAAGCUAACAGCAGGAUCCCUGCUAGUUAACCCUCUUGAGCCAAUCAAUGCGGACCAGAUCAAGGUCAAGAUUGCAGACUUGGGAAAUGCCUGCUGGGUGCACAAGCACUUUACAGAAGACAUCCAGACACGGCAGUACCGGUCCUUAGAGGUGCUCAUUGGUUCUGGAUACAGCACACCGGCAGAUAUUUGGAGCACAGCUUGCAUGGCCUUUGAGCUUGCCACAGGGGACUACUUGUUUGAACCGCAUUCUGGGGAAGAUUAUUCCAGGGAUGAAGACCAUCUUGCUCUCAUGAUUGAGUUGCUUGGUAAAAUCCCUCGUCACUAUGCUCUGAGUGGGAAAUACUCACAGGAAUACUUCACCAAAAGAGACCAUAUAGCGCUGAUCAUUGAGCUGCUGGGGAGUGUCCCACGCAAACUCAUAAUGACCGGCAAAUAUUCCAAGGAUUUUUUCACCAAGAAAGGUGAUUUGAAACACAUCACCAAGCUGAAGCCGUGGGGCCUGCUGGAGGUGCUGAUUGACAAGUACGAGUGGCCCCGAGAAGAAGCCGAGUGCUUCGCCGACUUCCUGAUUCCCAUGCUGGAGCUGAUCCCGGAGAAGAGAGCCACGGCCGCAGAGUGCUUGCGCCACCCCUGGCUCUCCCUCUAGUGGAGACCUCCUUCCAUUGCACCUCCCUUCCCUCCCACUCUCUACAGAGACUGCAACAGAUCACUUUCCAAUUUGGGCAUAUCAGAUGAAUAUUUAUUUCUCUCUAUUUUUUUUUUCUUUCUUUCAUUGUUUUGGAUUUCUCAUGUUCUUGUUCUCAAGCUAAUGCUUCUGUGUAUGUUUGCUUUGUAUUUGUUGGUUCUUCUCUCGGUGCGACGAUGUCGGGAAUCCAGUGGAUUAUAUUACUUUGUGGUCAUGUUGGCUCCAACUGCUGUGCUCCGUUCACCCACCCGUUUAAGCAAACCUGUUCUUGUACUGCUAGUGACUCAUCCUUGUUUGUUACACUCCUGCACUAAAACCCAAACAAGUCAAGGAUAUGUAGCCUUUAUUGGUCAUUUUUGUCCCCUUUAAAAAGGACUUGCUAUCACUUCUUUUCUCGUACAUUUUCAUUAGUGCUGUGUUGUUGUUGUUUGUUUUGUUUUUUUGUUUUUUUUUAAGAAUUAUUUUAUUCUUAUUACACAUGUAAGGUAUAUUUUAUAUUUGUAAAGUAGGGGUAGGAAGUUGCACACUGGGCUGACAUUUACACUGACUGUGGUAAUAGCAUUUCUCUAGACAGACUAGUUUCUUACUGAGACAACCACUGUCUGAUAACGUAGGUCAUAUUAUUUAGCCAUAACAAAUCUGUUGUCACCUGGUAUUUAGUGUGGUUAGUUAAUUACAAUAAAUGAGAUCGUUCAUUCUCAUGGGAGGCUGGUAUUCUCAUACACCUAUUACAAUUCAGGAAUAUCGUGUUUUAAAGGUUUCAACAAGACAACACGUUAAGAAGCCCAAUUUAAAGGAAAAAAAGAAAAUAAACUGUAUAUAUCUGUACCAAAGAGUUUGCCUUUAUGUAUAUUACAGUUAUGUACAGUUUUUAAUAAAUCUUAUAUCUUAGCUAAAAUUAUUUAGCUGGGUAGCUGUGUUUUAAUAAAGUGUAUGGAAGAUGAGUUCGAGCUCAGUUGUAUGUAUGGCCAACUGUUCAAUAAUGUCAAUGUUUCUACCAUAGGAAUGGUGACAUCUGAUGUUAUGUAACGGUGUCCCCAAAAUGAUCAAAGUAAACCCAUGUGUCUGUUGAGGCCUCGGAAAAACAAAACAAAACAAAAACAAAAUUUAUAUUAGUGUCCGAUUCAAGAUCAUAAGACUUCAUGUGAGCUGUCCGAUUACAAAACACCAUACAAUAAAACAGAUGUUCAUACAACACAAA